AUGACUAGGAUAGAUGAUGAAUGGGCUGAAUGCCGUUAUUGCCAUAAUAAAUACAAAGAUCACAAUGACAAUAAUGGCACUUCUGGAUUGCGAAAGCAUUUGAAUAGAUGUCUAAAGAAUCCUAACAGGAAGAAAGAAAAGGGACAACCAUCUCUGUUGAUGCCACCCCCAAAACCAGGUCAGGAUGGUAAACUUAUUGCUCAUACUUACAAUUAUGAUAGGUUAAGAAGGCGUCUUGUUGAGUGGAUAAUUAAGGAUGAAAUUCCUUUUAGAAAAGUAGAAGGGUCAGGCUUUGUGGCAUUGAUGCAAGAGGCACAACCUAGGUUCAAGGUUCCAGGACGUCACACAGGUAUUGCAAUCGGUGAGAAGUUGGUGGAUUGUUUGGAAGAUUGGGGUCUAAAAGAUGUGUUUGGUGUCACUCUAGACAAUGUCAGCGCCAACACAGUGGCUAUGGAUCAUCUGAAGCAAGUUGUUACUAGCUGGACAAGAUCACCAAUCAGAGCUAAAUAUUUACAUGUGAGGUGUUCAGCCCAUGUUCUUGCUCUUGUCAUAAAAGAUGCAGUACGACUCUUUAAUGAAUCUGUUAAAAGGAUAAGGUCAGUUGUAAAAUAUGUUCUUGGUUCUCCUUCUAGGUAUGAAAAUUUUAAACAAUGUGCUUCCCUAGCAAAGGUAGAUUAUAAGAAAGCACUGAAUUUAGAUGUAUACACUCGAUGGAAUAGCACUUACUUGAUGUUAGAAGCUGCUCAAAGAUAUGAAAAAGUUUUUGCAAUGUUAGCACAGAUUGAUAAGGACUUUCAAGAGAGGUUUAUUUUUGAGCAAGACAAGGAAUCUGUUUUACCAAGUGAUGAUGCUAUUGAGGAAGCUAUAGCUAGUGAUGAUAUCUUGGAAGAAGUGGUUGAGGAUAUGGAAGAAGAUGAAGAGGUUGAGGAUAUGGAAGAAGAGGUAAAUAAGAAGAAGAAAAAGAAAGUAAAGACUCAUGCUCCUUAUGCAGAAGAUUGGGCUUAUGCUAAAGGUCUUGUGAAGUGUUUAAAGGUAUUCUUCGAUGGAACUGUAAAUUUUUCUGCUUCUACACAAGUCACUACUCAUUCUUUCUUAUGGGAGUUGGUAUUCAUCCAUGAACAAUUAAUUGAAUUUAGAGAAAAUGUAGCAUCAGAUCCAUUUAUUUCACGUAUGUCUCGUCUUAUGUUUGCCAAGUACAAUAAGUAUUGGGGUGUGUACGAGAAAAUGAAUCCUGUUAUGUUUUUUGCUCAAUUGUUGGAUCCAAGAGAGAAACUAAAGGGGCUAGAAUUUACUCUUAAUUGUUUGUUUGAGAACAAUUUGUGGGAGGUUCAAAGAAUCAUGAGAAAGGUGAAAUUAGAAUUUCAGGAACUCUUUGAUGAUUAUAGUUUAGUGUAUUCAACUCAUGAGGAAGGGUCAUCUAGUGUUGCUUCGGUAGUUGCCAGUUCAGUUAGCACGCCAUCUCAAGGGUUGAAAUCAAGAAUUCAAUCAAGGAAGAGACAGCAUUGGGACAACCCAAGUUGUGUUGAAGAAGCAAGAACAACGGAGUUAGAUAGGUACUUGACAGAUGUGAUGAUGGAUGGAAAAAUGCGUGAAGUAGAUCAAGAUGAUGACUUUGACAUAUUGGCUUGGUGGCAGGCUAAUGCAAACAGUAUCCUCUGA